AUGACGUUGGCUGUGACACUCCUUGUAAUGAUCACCUGCGCUGCCUGUGUCCUGGCAGACCAGCCAGCUCCGACCCUCAACCAGGACCCGUACCCAGAACUUCUUCUGUUAAUCUUGGGGUCGAGCAUCAGCUUUAUAGCUCCGGCGCCGAAAAAUGCUUUCUACUCGCCGUUCGAACAGGCCAUGAUGAACCAACUACACAAACCAUUAUACACCGUGGACAUACCCCCGGAAUAUCCCAGGAAAGGAGAGUACCGAUGUCCUGAUACUACUAAGCCCGUCAACAUCCCUCGGAGUCAAUUGAAGUUUCUGUACUUCGUAGUACAGGGGAGAGGACGAUCAAGACAGAAAUACACCUACUGGGAGGCCCAGGACAUGGUGGAUGAUCCCAGGAUAGACUUCCGAAGGAGGACGGUCCUCAUAGCUCUGGGAUAUCUGGACAGCACCAGCUUCCCCAUCGCCUCCAUGCUCGGGAACCAAUACGAGGACCUGGACUAUAAUGUUAUAUUAAUAGACAACCAGAGGUUCGCCACCGUCCACUAUUAUCUAGCAGCGCGCCUGAUGCGUCCCGUCGGCAAACAUGUCGCGGAGGUACUAGUACAGCUGACCCAGGCAGGGUUGGAUCCUGCCAAGACUGAACUCCUGGGUUUUAGCUUGGGAGGACAAACUGUGGGCUACAUAGCUAAGAACUACCAAAACAUGAUCGGAAGAAAUAUAUCAAGGAUCACAGCGUUAGAACCGGCCGGUCCGUGCUUCAGGACGCUAGGACAUAAAGAUAGAUUAGAUGCUGAGGAUGCAGACUUCGUCCAGGUCGUACACACUAAUAUAGACGGCUUCGGGAUGGCGACACGGAUGGGUCACGUCGACUUUUACUUGAAUGGUGGAGAAUACCAACCUACUGACUUAAAUUUCUUCCCAUGCACUUCGACCUGUAGUCAUUUCAGAGUUCUGACUGUUUGGUUGGCAGUAUUGAGAAAUCCUGGAAAAUUUAUCGGAAUUAAAUGUGACAACAUUCAAGAUGCCCGAGACGGAUCCUGUUAUAGUAAAUUUCCUUUAGUGACUAAUAUUAUGGGUACUAACGUAGAUGUGUGUAAGCAUGGCGUUUUUUAUUUGUCCACGGGGAAGACUUACCCUUACUUCCUCGGCUGGAAUGGUAUUAAGCCGCAACAUGAUACUUGGCAGCGAAUUACAGAAGACAAUGAUAGCGGCGGGACUGAAGCUUAUACCUGA